UUGAGGCGGGGCCAGAUGCCCACAGCUCAGAGCUUCUUUUUGUCCCUGGAUUGGAUCCAGGGCCGGGUGGGGCAGGGCUGUCAAGUUCCCCCAGUUCUCCUCCUCUCCGGGGGAAACCGGGCGCAGGCAGGCGUUUGCUAAAGAAGGAACCAGCCGGGCUCUUGGCCCUUUCUUCCCACCUCGGUCCUUGCCCACGACUUUGGGCUCGGCUCCCUGCCUCUCCCGCGAUGCCCGGACCGCGAGCCCGGCCGGUGCCCGAGGACAGGGUCCGGGGCUGCGCGGUGCCGAGCACCCUGCUCCUGCUGCUCGCCUACCUGGCCUACCUGGCGCUGGGCACCGGCGUGUUCUGGGCGCUGGAGGGCCGCGCGGCGCAGGACUCCAGCCGCAGCUUCCAGCGCGACAAGUGGGAGCUGCUGCAGAACUUCACGUGCCUGGAUGGCCCGGCGCUGGACUCGCUGAUCCGGGACAUUGUCCAAGCAUACAAAAGCGGGGCCAGCCUCCUCAGCAACACCACCAGCAUGGGGCGCUGGGAGCUCGUCGGCUCCUUCUUCUUCUCCGUGUCCACCAUCACCACUAUCGGCUAUGGCAACCUGAGCCCCCACACCAUGGCCGCCCGUCUCUUCUGCAUCCUCUUCGCUCUCAUGGGAAUCCCGCUCAACCUCGUGGUGCUCAACCGCCUGGGCCAUCUCAUGCAGCGGGCGGUGCACAGCUGCGCCCGCAGGUUGGGGGGCGCCGGGCAGGACCCCAGCAAGGCGCAGUGGCUGGCAGGCUCUGGCGCCCUCCUCUCUGGCCUGCUGCUGUUCCUGCUGUUGCCGCCGCUGCUUUUCUCCCACAUGGAGGGCUGGACCUACAGCGAGGGGUUCUACUUCUCCUUUAUCACGCUCAGCACCGUGGGCUUCGGCGACUACGUGAUCGGGAUGAACCCCUCCCGGAGGUACCCCGUGUGGUACAAGAACACGGUGUCUCUGUGGAUCCUCUUUGGGAUGGCGUGGCUGGCCUUGAUCAUCAAACUGAUCCUCUCCCUGCUGGAGACCCCAGGGGGUCUGUGUUCCUGCUACCAUCACAGCUCCAAGGAGGACUUCCCGUGCUGGCGCUGGAGACAGGGCCCACAUGGGGAACCGGAGUCCCAUGCCCCUCAGCAGGGCUGCUGUCCAGAGGGGCUCAUGGAAAUCAGACACCAUCUGGAACCCUCAACUCAGAGUGCAGGCUGUGGUAUGGACAGCUAG